GGUACCGGUCUUCGGAGCCAAAAGCGGGCAGAGAUGGCGGCGGAAGCUUCCACAGCUCGGUUCACCCUGUCUUCCUAUCAACAGAUGGGGAGGAAGAGUCGGCCCUGGGGUACUGCCGAGAUUCAGUGUACUCAGUGUGGAAGAAGGGUGUCCAGAGUUUCUGGUCACCACCAUGAACUUCAAUGUGGACAUGCUUUUUGUGAACUGUGCUUGUUAAUAACUGAAGAAUACAGCACAAUUAUAUGCCCUGAUUGUGAGAUUGCUACAACUAUAAAUAUGAGACAAGGGUACUACCCAACAGAUGGAUAUAUUAAAGAAGAUUCUUUUAUGGAAAAACUGCAGCCUAAAAAGAUAAAGAAUUGUUCUCAGGAAUUUAAAAAGACUUCUGACCAGCUAACUAUUGGUUUAGAACAUUCAACAUCCACACACAGGACUGUUUUGAACUCCUCAGCUCUAAUGGCGGAAACUAAAACUGCAGAAGAAAUUGAUGAAGCAUUGAAGAUAGCAGGCUGUAGUUUUGAACAAUUAAGUGUUGCUGUAAAAAUGCUGGAACACAUACACAAUCAAACAAAAGAGGAAACGGUCAGUCUUAUAGAGGUUCUGGAGAAACAGUUUGAUCAACUUUUUACUUCUCUUGAUUCCAGGAAAAAGAACCUGUGUGAAGAAGUAGUAAGAAAUACAGAUGAUUAUCUCUCAAAUGUAAUAAUGGCUAAAAGCUACAUUGAAGAGAAAAAAAAUGAUUUGGCUGCAGCUAUGAAGAUAGCAAGAGAGUUAAAAUCAGCACCUUCUUUACGGACUUAUUGUGACCUGAAUCAGAUUAUCCGUACUUUGAAAUUAACAUUUGAGAGUGAAUUGUUACAAGUUAGCUCUCUAAAACUAAGGAACUCUCCCAGGUUGAAUAUGAAUUGCAGUGAGAUCAUCUGUAUGUUCAACAAUAUGGGAAAGAUUGAAUUUGAGGGCUUAACAAAAUGUGAUCCCCAAGAAAAUGAAAUGGGACAGAAUGUUCAAAAGAAAUAUAAUCAUAAAAAGGAAUUUUCUUGUCAUACAUACCCAUUUCGAGAAAAGAAAAAGGUUGACAUGUCUAUUCUAACUAAUGAAACCCCAUCACCUUCUUUGCAACGGGAAGCCUGUGAUGUACAUUUAGAAGCAGAAGACUUCCAGCCACAGAAAGAGGUUGUUCCAUCCCCUAAAACCAUUGCUGUUCUGCCUCAAAUGGGCUCUAGCCCUGAUGUGAUAAUUGAAGAAAUUAUUGAGGAAAACAUGGAAACAUGCUUCACAGAUUAUCUUGUGGAAACACCUAGAGAUCCAAAAACGUCUUUUCAGAAAAAAUCGUCUUUCCCUUUUGGAUCAAAAGCAGGUUCUCCUGAGCUAGUUUUUGUAAGCCAUGUAAUACAUCCUUGCCACUUUUACAUCCGGAAGUAUUCACAAAUUAAAGAUGCAACAGUACUGGAAAAGAAGGUGAAUCAGUUUUGCAAUAAGAGUUUACACCUUGAUCCUUCAGACAUUUUGGAACUAGGUGCAAGAAUAUUUGUCAACAGUAUUGAAAAUGGAAUGUGGUGUCGAGGAACUAUCACUGAAUUAAUUCCAAUAGAAAGUGAAAAUAUUAAAAAACUUUGUAGUCCAACCAAAUUCUCAGUCCAUGAAGUUGCACUAAUACAAAUAUUCAUGGUAGAUUUUGGAAAUUCUGAAGUCCUAAUUGUUGCAGGAGUUGGUGAUACCCAUGCAAGAUCAGAACACAUUGCUGAGCAGCAUAUUGUACUAAAUGACUUAUGCCUAGUUCUAAGGAAGUCUGAACCAUAUACUGAAGGGCUGCUGAAAGAAAUCCAGCCAUUAGCACUGCCAUGCUCAUUGAAAGACAUUGUUCCACAGAAUACAGAUGAAGGCUGGGGAGAAGAAGCUAAAGUAGAAUUUUUGAAAAUGGUAAAUAAGAAGGCCGUUUUAAUGAAAGUUUUUAGAGAAGAAGAUGGUGUGCUAAUUGUAGAUCUGCAGAAACCACCAACAAAUAAAAUAAGCAGUGAUAUGCCUGUGUCUCUUAGAGAUGCAUUAGUUUUUAUGGAGUUAGCAAGGUUUAGGUCGCAAUCACCAAGAAGCCCCUCUGAAGAGAAUAUGACUUUACACUAUCACCCACCUGUUUUGCCUAAAGAAAUGACAGAUGUUUCAGUUAUGGUUUGUCAUAUAAAUAGUCCUGCCGAUUUCUAUCUUCAGUUGAUAGAGAGCCUGGAUUUUUUAUUUUUGCUAAAGACAAUUGAGGAGUUCUAUAAAAGUGAAGAUGGAGAAAAUCUGGAAAUCCUCUGUCCAGUUCAAGGUCAAGCCUGUGUAGCUAAAUUUGAAGAUGGAGUUUGGUACCGAGCAAAAGUUAUUGGAUUGCCUGGACAUCGUGAAGUUGAAGUUAAAUAUGUGGACUUUGGCAAUACUGCAAAAAUAACACUUAAAGAAAUGCGUAAAAUAAAAGAUGAGUUUCUAAAUCCCCCAGAGAAGGCAAUUAAAUGUAAGCUGGCCUAUAUUGAACCAUGUAUAAGGACAAUGCAGUGGUCCAAAAAAGCUAAGGAAAAAUUUGAAGAAAAGACUCAAGAUAAAUUUAUGACAUGUUCAGUCGUUAAAAUUCUGGAAGAUAAUGUGCUCUUAGUUGAGCUUUUCGAUUUUCUUGGUGCUCUUGGAAUGACUCCUACUAGUAUAAAUGACCAGCUAGUCAAAGAGGGCCUAGCAUCUUAUGAAGUAGGAUACACCCUCAAGGAUAAUUGCAAAAAGCAUACUGAAGUAUGGGAUCCUUCUCCAGAAGAAAUUAUUUCAAAUGAAGUAAACAGCUUAAAUCCUGUGUCUGUAAAAUCUCUACCUAAUGAGAAUCUCCAGUCACUUUAUAAUAAGGAACUUCCUGUACAUAUCUGUAAUGUGAUAUCCCCUGAGAAGAUUUAUGUUCAGUGGUUAUUAACAGAAAACUUACUUAAUAGUUUGGAAGAAAAGAUGGUAGCUGCUUAUGAAAACUCAAAGUGGGAACCUAUUAAAUGGGAAAAUGAUAUGCACUGUGCUGUUAAGAUCCCAGAUAAAAAUCAGUGGCGAAGAGGCCAGAUCAUCAGAAUGGUUACAGACACAUUGGUAGAGGUCUUGCUAUAUGAUGUGGGUGUCGAACUAGUCGUGAAUAUUACCUGUUUGCGAGAACUUCAAGAAAACCUAAGGACAAUGGGAAGAUUAUCUUUGGAAUGCUCUCUGGUUGACAUAAGACCAACUGGUGGGAGUGACAAGUGGACAGCUACAGCUUGUGACUGUCUUUCAUUGUACCUGACUGGAGCUGUAGCAACUAUAAUCUUACAGGAAAACAAUACAACAUGGCCAUUACCUGUGAAAAUUUUCUGCAGAGAUGAAAAAGGAGAGCGUGUUGAUGUUUCUAAAUAUUUGAUUAAAAAGGGUUUGGCUUUGAGAGAAAGGAGAAUUAAAAAAUUAAAUAACAGUCAUUCAUCAUCUGAGAAGUCUCUGGAAAUCCCCUUGGAACCAGAAGAUUCAAUGGUUACUAAGUGUAUUAAGAUUAACUUUGACUCUGACAAAAAAGCUGCUGAUGUUAUGAGUGAAUACAGGGUGUCUGAACUUCAGCAGAAAAUUGCAGAACCAAGAACCACUGGAUGCUAUAAACCACCAGCUAUUCCUAACAUGAAAGUAUUUGAGGCAAUUGUCAGCUGCAUUGGCGAUGAUGGAACUAUAUUUGUAGUACCUAAAUUGUCAGAAUUCAAGCUAAUAAAAAUGAUGAAUGAAAUUCAAAGUAAUUUAAAAUGCCUUGGUCUUUUGGAACCUUAUUUCUGGAAAAAGGGAGAAGCCUGUGCAGUAAGAGGAUCAGAUACUAUGUGGUAUCGAGGCAAGGUAAUGGAAGUUGUUGGCGGCACUAUCAAGGUACAAUAUUUAGAUCGUGGAUUCACCGAGAAGAUUCCACAGUGUCAUCUUUACCCUAUUUUACUAUAUCCUGAUACGCCCCAGUUUUGUAUUCCAUGUCAGCUCUAUAAUACCAAACCUGUUGGUAAUGUCUGGCAACCAGAUGCAAUAGAACUCCUUCAGGAACUGCUUUCAAAGAGAGAGGUGGAAAUUCACAUUAAGGAAUUACCUGAAAACCCAUGGGAGAAAUUAUCUAUUCAUCUCUAUUUUGAUGGAAUGUCACUUUCUUAUUUUAUGGCAUACCAUAAAUAUUGUACUUUUGAGCAUUCUGAAGAGAUAUUGAAAGAAAAACUAACAGAUUACAAUAAAAAGUAUGAGGAUGAAAGAUGGGAAAUAAGAUUUGAGGAAUUGCUUUUGUCUGAAACAGAGACUCCUAUUUUACCACCAUAUUUGCCUUCAUCUCUGCCUCCCCCAGAAGAACUCUACGCUGUUCAAGUUAAGCACGUUGUCUCACCUAAUGAAGUAUAUAUUUGCCUUGAUUCUGUAGAAAGUUGUAAUCUGUUUAACCAGCAUAGUGAUACAGAUGACAGUGGAAUCAGCUGGGAAUCUGAGUCUGAGAGCCUUAAUGAAGCACUACGGAGGUUUAAUAAGAAUGUGGAGACAUUUCCUCCUCUGACGGAUUUUAGAACAGAAAUGCCUUGCCUUGCAGAAUAUGAUGAUGGCUUAUGGUAUAGAGCAAAGAUUGUGUCUGUUAAAGAAUUUAAUCCUCUAGCUGUCCUGGUACAAUUUGUUGAUUACGGAUCAACUGAAAAGCUGACAAUAAACAGACUGCGUCAAAUUCCUCUUCAUCUCAUGCAGUAUCCAGCCCGAGCCAUAAAGGUUCUCUUGGCAGGGUUUAAACCUCCCUUAAGAGACCCAGGAAAGACAAGAAUACCAUAUUGUCCCAAAUGGAGCAUGGAAGCAUUGUGGGCUAUGAUAGACUGUCUUCAAGGAAAACAACUUUAUGCUUCUUCCAUGGCUCAGGCACCAGAACAAAUAGUGACAUUAUAUGAAGAUGAACAGUAUCCAGUUCAUAUGUCAUUAGUAGAAAUGGGGCUGGCAGACCGAGACGAAUGAUGUUAAGUAUCAUGACUUCUUGUUCUCCCUUAUAAUCAGCAUAAGGCAUGUGACUGAUAUAGUGGAGAUUAAUGCUAAAUUGCCCAUAAAACACCAUCAGACUUUCCUUGAUUUCUCAAAGAAUGACAACAAAGCUCAACAAGAACCUCUCUUUUAGACUUCGUAGGCCCUUUUCACCUAUUGAAUACCAGAAUCAAAGAGGAUCUGCAUCUGUAAGAAUGCUUGGAAUGACUAUCAUAGUACCAGAUAGUGGUUGGGGAUGGGCAGAAGAGCAGAAGGAAGUGGGCACUAUAAGUAAUUUAAGCACAUAAGUAUAUAGUAGGCAGAGAACACUAUUGAACAAUCCAUGACCUAAUAACAAAUCUAUUAAAGUACUUAGGUAACCAGCUGUUUAUUCAUCCACGUAAAUGUAACAAGUGAUUCAGUAACUAGUUUGAACAUUUAAUUAAGCAAAGGUUUUAAAUAACAUGCAUUUUGUUUUUCAGUUAUACAGUGUGGAGCCUCUAUAUAGCAGCCCAGAAGAAAGUUUUCUGUUAUGUGUAAGCCAUUUCAGGCUUCUUUUUCUUGACUUGUUCUGCUGCAAUAGUGCUGGCCUUUUUUUUUUUCCCUUACAUGUUAAACUG